ACCAGUUCUUUUACCCAGUGUAAAGUGACGUUGUUACGUCAUUGAGGUGGUGUUUACACACUGAUCUUUAAGGAAGAAGGAAGUAAAAGAGUGUUAAGCUAGGUUUUUGUUUGGUGGUAUAGGUUGUUUUGGAUUUGUUUAUUUGUCCACGGAAUAUGUCUACUCCUGCCCGAAGGCGAUUAAUGAGGGAUUUCAAGAGUUUGGUCCAGGGCAUUUAAAAUUAAAUCAGUCGCUAAAGUACAUCAACCUGGAGGAGGAAUCUGGGGCUUACUACUGCUCCUGGGUGAUUUACCUAAUGCCACAGAUCGCUGGUUAUAGGUUAUCCGACCCUGCAGAAACACGAGUCGUAUGUCCAUCAUUUCAAGAAAUAUGAGACUUUUGGAACCUGGUUGCAAUAAUAGGUUGCAGGAAGAUCCACCCGUAGGUGUCAGUGGUGCACCUUCAGAAAAUAACAUUAUGCUGUGGAAUGCAGUUAUAUUUGGGCCUGAAGGAACACCGUUUGAAGAUGGCACUUUCAAAUUAGUAAUAGAAUUUUCAGAAGAAUAUCCAAAUAAACCACCAACAGUUAGAUUUGUAUCAAAAAUGUUUCAUCCAAAUGUUUACGCCGAUGGUAGUAUAUGUUUAGACAUCCUUCAGAAUCGUUGGAGUCCUACGUAUGAUGUUUCAUCUAUUUUAACUUCAAUCCAGUCAUUGCUCGAUGAGCCAAACCCAAACAGUCCAGCAAACAGUCAAGCUGCACAGCUGUACCAAGAAAAUAAAAGGGAAUAUGAAAAGAGAGUAUCUGCUAUUGUAGAACAGAGUUGGAAUGACUCCUAAUACAUGUGUGUGCGUGUGUAUAUAUAUUUGCUAAUCUGUAUAAUUUACCUCACACACAACUGAAAGUUACAGGAACUUUCAAGUGCCACAAGUUUUAAAAAUGACUUGCAUACCAUGAGGUUCACAAUAAUCAGCCUUUUGUGUUUUGAAUUUGUUUUUUAUUGCAUGAUGUAAAAUAAGUUAUUCCUUGAUAAAUUUGUAAUAUAUCAGGUUUGCAUUUUUUUCAAAAUGUGUAUUACUGCUUUGAAGUUUUGAUGAAGAAUAUAAAGAUGUUUUGAGUCUU